AUGGAUCGGAAAAAGUUUGAGUGCACGUCAUCUGUUAGAAGUGGUAAUUUUAAUUAUCUGCUUCAUAUUCCGAGUUCAUCUGCAUACAUGGUUACAUCGGCAAAAGGUCCGAGACUUUGUGCUAGUCAAGAAGUGAGGGUAACUCAAACAACUGAUGCUACUCAAAAUAACAGUACAUGUAGUAUUGGGCCUGUGGAUUGGAGCUUCAGGAGGAAUGACCUGCUGGUGUUUUGGAACGGUGAGAAAGACAGAAGUGGUAAAGAAGCGAACGUUGAGUAUGACAGCACGUUAAGUGCAUAUGAUUUGGAGUUCCAAUGGAACUGUCAGGAACUAAGUGAACUUUUUGGAACUAAAAUACAUUUCCAUGCUUGUUUAGAACUGAUAGCAGUACUGGAGGUCGUGUUUUCGGCUUACAUGAUCAAAGCUCAGAUAUUUGUUAUUGAUGUUUUAUCCUGUUAUAAAGAUCCGACAACCGAAACAUGUAGAAAUCUUUUGGCAGCGUUAAUUAGAAACGCUGUACUGGACACUCAGAAUAGUAUCGUAGCAAAGGAUCAAGAAGAUACAGUGCUUCAACGCGAUCGUCUUUGCUAUGGUGCUAUUGAUGAAUAUUACUUAGCAUGUCCAGACGGCACACCACCAAUACAUCUGGUUCCGUUUUGUUUGGGCUAUCAAAUGAUGUGUUCACAAUUGUCUUAUCCAGCAAAGAAGUCUUGCAAAAUUGAUUUUCCACAUUAUCAACAAUUUUGCACAAGUGAUGAGAAGAUUUCAUGUGAAAAGUCGUCGAACUGUAGCGGACGUGAUUAUUCCUGCUAUUGUGAACCAUACGCUUGCCUUCAAAGACGGUACGGUGUGGAUACUGCUGCUUGGUGUCAGAGGUUUGAGCUGUUUUGUAAUGCUGAAAAGAGGACGGAAAAAAGUUUGGAUAUGAUACAUACGCUGAAAAAAACAAUUGCAAUACACAAGCACUGCUUAGAGUUUCUCAAUGUUGCAAAAACUAUUUGCGUACCGUUCAGGUAA